UUGCUACUUCUUCGACCAGGUGGGGGUGUACGUGACGUUUGUGGCGACAUUAGCAGCUGUGCAACAAUGUAUGUUCACUAGUGAUGACGGGGCAGAAAGAGCUGCAAUGGCUGAAGUGGUGCAACAAGUUGACCAGAUUCUGCGUUCAGAUCGGCGGCGGGCGGCCUCUUCUGCAGCUUCAUAGCUUGCAUUCUCAUGGCACUAAUUUCCUUCAUAUCGGGGUUCCACUUGUUCAGACUCUACUCUCCAACCCGCCUCAAGGAGAUCACGACCCCUCCGCCGACGCCCGCAACGGCCACGGAGGCGGCUUUGUGAUGAAUACAUACAUGUGUGUAUAUAUACAUAUUUUUUCCUGAUCGAUCGAUGUGUGGAGAAUUUUUCUUAAUAAUUAAUUUGAG